UGGUCAGUGAUAAUAGGCAUCGACGCGUAUGAUUCGUAUCCAUUGCAAGGAUGCGUAUCAGAUGCCACUUCAAUGGAGAAAUACCUGAAAGAGGACUUGGGCGUGCCGCAAGAACGAAUACAGCUACUUCUUGGUUCUGAACACAGCUCGUCCGAAGACCUCUUCUUUCCAUCCCGUGUCAAUAUUGUCAACACACUUCUUGGUCUCAUUGAUAACCCUCAAAUCGAAGCAGGUGACAAUAUCAUCAUCUACUUUUCCGGGCACGGUUCGCGCUACUUCUCAGAUGCAUCCUUAUACCGCGACACCGAUUCUGAGGAGGACGAUGGGAGCCCUAUUGAAGUAGAGGGAUCCAUCGAAACCAUUUGCCCCAUUGACAGAGAUACCUUCGAUGCCAGCGGGUUACGAAUCCCUGACAUCAGCGACCGAGAGAUCAACGCUAUCUUCCAGCAGAUCUCUCGAAGCAAGGGCCACCGAAUUACUUUUAUCCUCGACUGUUGU